UCCAAGCUUCAUUUAAAGGAGAAAAGGUGUUUCAAAAAAGCCAACAGUGAUGAUAUCCUGGAUAUAAAUGUGGAUGAAUUCACUGCUUUUGGACAUCCUGAAGAAGUGGAAUAUAUGAUGGGAAGACUGGGGAGAGAAUUUGUGAUACAGGAGGCUUUAGACAAACAUGAUAAAGAAGGUGAUGGAUUUGGUGGCCUGGAAAAAUUCCUUGAUUACUGAAGAGACAUAACUGCAAGGGAAGGUCCAGAAUGGGUAUGUGUUGAGAAGGAUCAGUUUGUGAAUGACUGUGUCAAGGAUGAUGAUGGAAUACCCAACCCCCAGGAGCUGUUAUCCUGGAGAGUACCUUAUAACGAGGGUAUUGGACAAGAGGAGGCUCUUCACCUUAUUAAAGAAAUGGAUUUGAAUAAUGAUAAAAAGCUUCUUAAGAACAGGGAUUUCUUCCUUAACAGUGAAGCAAGGGAUUAUGGUAGUCAGCUCGAGGAUGAACGUUUCCACCAUGAAGAACUUGAGACUACUUAUUUUUUACUUACAGUGGGUCACCCGUAA